GAAAAUAUCGUAAAAAAAAAAAAAAAAAAAAAAAAAAAACACAAAGCCAAUUUCACAUCUUGUAACGUUCAUGUGAAACAAAACUUCCAAUGAUCACACUCCCCCUCCAUAUGAAAUAUCUCGAAGAGAACCGUACCAAGAGACCUUUAAAAAUUGAUGUUAAAUCGUGUAAAACGCAGACAGAGACCGUCCGAAAAUCUGGACACCGAGCAGACAUCCCAAGAGCUUCUCGUUGCUUUCUGCUGUUCCAGGAAAAGAGGAGGAAAGGAUCAUGUUCCAGCAGAUGCAGUCGAUGGCCCAGAAGCAGCUUUCUGAGGAGCUGGACGAACUCCGGACGGAGGUGCAACGUAGGGAUCAGGAGCUACUCGCCAUGUCCGCGAAGAUGAAAACCCUGGAAGAGCAGCAUCAGGAUUACCAGCGGCACAUCACUGUGCUAAAAGAGUCUCUCUGCGCCAAGGAAGAACACUACAAUAUGCUGCAGGCUGACGUGGAGGAAAUGCGGCAACGGCUCGAGGAGAAGAACCGGAUGAUCGAGAAAAAAACGGAGGCGGCGAUGCAGGCGCAACAGGAGCGGAAUCGCAUGAACACCGAGCUGACGGAGCUAAAGGAUCACAUGGACAUCAAAGACCGGAAGAUCAACGUGCUUCGGCGUAAGAUCGAGAAUCUGGAGGAUCUGCUGAAGGAGAAGGACAACCAGGUCGACAUGGCCAGGGCGCGUCUAACGGCAAUGCAGGCGCACCACUGCAGCAGCGAAGGUGCGCUCAGUAGCCUCGAGGAGGCGAUAGGAGAUAAAGAGAAGCAAAUGGCACAAUUACGGGAACAGAGGGACCGGGCGGAGCAGGAGAAACAGGAAGAAAGGGAAUUACACGAGAGGGAGAUCGUCGAGUACAAAAUGAAGAUCCACGCCCUCGAGUCUGAAGUUGAAAAAUUGGGCGCCCGUUUGGAGAGAGCGCAAGCGGAGAAAGACCGACUGGAGGCGAAGCUGGAAAGUUCGCAGUCGGAGCUCGGCAAGAGCAAGGCCGAACUGGAUAAGGCUGCGUCCGAAGUUGGUCGCAGCGGUGCCGACUGGGAGGCUGCCAAGCAGAGGAUGACCAGGCUCGAGCUGGACAACGAGAGGCUCAGGCACGAUCUCGAAAGGUCUCAGAGCACUUACGGCAGAAGCACGUUGAAUUCUUCUCAGGAAAUGGACAGGAUCACGGAAAAAGCGGAAAAGACAGCAGCGGAACUCAGGAGAGCGCAAGCCGAGCUCAGGGUCACGCAGGCUGACAACGAAAGAGCUAGGGCCGAGGCUGCUGCUCUCCAAGAGAAGGUGGAAAAGAGUCAGGGUGAGGUGUACAGAUUGAAGGCCAGACUGGAAAAUGCUCAGGGUGAACAAGAAAGUCUUCGAGAUGAAUACGAUCGAGCGCAAGCUUCGGUGGCUCGUCUACACUCGGAACGGGACAAGGCAAUCGCGGAACUUGAGAAAACACAAGAGGAAUUGGAACGGACACAGGCUACUCUCGGCAAGGCACAACUUCAGCAAGACAAAUUGCAAAGUCUACUGGACAAAACGCAAAGCGAAGUGGACAAGCUUCAGGAGAAAUUGGACAAAACACAAACGGAAAUUCGCAGGAUGCAAAUGGAAAGGGAAAAGCAGAACUACGAUUUCGAAAACUUGCAAAGCCAACUGGACAAAGCGCUCGGCCAAUCGACGAGGAUGCAGAAAGAACGGGAAACGAUUCAAUUGGAGGUGGACCGGUUGCAGGAUAAAUACGAGAAAGCUCAGGUGAUCAUGCAACGACUGCAGAAGGAGAGGGACGGUUUUCAAGAAGAAACAGAGAAACUGCACGAGAGGAUGGAAUUCCAUCAGAAUCAGGUAGCGAAGAUGCAACGGGACAAGGAGAAUCUGCUGUCGGAGCUUGAGCUAGUCAAAGAAAGAUGGGAAAAGGCUCACAAUACUCAUCAGAAGCUAACCUUGGAACGAGACGACGCCCUGACCGAAAUCGAGAUUCUGAAGGAGAAAGUGGAGAAAGCGCAGUAUUCGAUGAACAAGGCGCAGGAGGAACGGGAGAACGCGAACAAGGAGUUCGAGAAGAUGCUGGAGAAGUACGACAGAGCCCAGAGCGAGGUGUAUCGGCUGCAAAAUCGCAUCGAGGUGAUGGAGGCUGACAAGGACAGGCUGGAGCUCGAAACGGAGAAGCAACAGAUGUUGGCGUCGAAGAGUCGCGACGAGGCGAGAAAGGCCCAGGAGGAGCUAGCACGCGUGCAAGAGAUGUACGAUCGGGCGGCUCUUCAACUGGGUCGCACGAAGGAGCACGAGGAGAAAUCGAAGGAAGAUCUGGACAGGUUAACGGUGGACCUGGAGAUGGUUCAGGAGCGAUACGAAAAAUCGCAGAUCGAGCUACGCAGGUUACAGAACGAGAGGGACAAGCUGGCCGCGGACAAUGAGAGGAUCAGCUUCGAAUUGGAGCGCGCUCACUCGCAAGUGACCAAGGCUCAGGCCGCGACAGACAAGACGCAGGAAGAGCUGGCACGAAUGCAGCUGGAGAUCGAAAAGAUGUACGAAAAACACGAUCGGCAGCAGACCGAGGUGAGGAAGGCGCAGGCGGAGACGGAGCGGCUGCGAGUGGAGGCUGAGAGCGCACGGGAGGAAUGCGAGAGGUAUGCGGCCAGGUUCGGCAAGUAUCAGGAAAGCCAAGAACGGCAGAAGGAGGAACACGAGUGGGCGAAGCUGGAGGUGGAGCGGCUCCGCGAUCGGCUGAAGAAGACGUUGGCGGAGCUCGAACGCGCGAGGAAGACCGAGCAGGAACGUGCGGAAGGGGUGCGAGGUAAAUACCAGUACGAGCAAGAGAAGUGGCAGAGCGAGGGUAGUAGGCUACAACAGGAGGUGGAGUUGCUGCGCGAACGUCUGAAGGGCCGUGAAACGGAGCUGAAGAGGACGCAAUCGAGCAACGCCGAGCUCGAGACGAAGCUGCACGAGACGCAGCUUCAGCUCGAGCGGGCGCGCGAGGAGGCCAACAAGGCGACUGCUGCGCAGGAGCGGAGUCGCGAGGGUGACGACAAGGUGAAGGCGAGAGCGGACGCCCUCGAGGCGGACAACGAAAAGCUCCGCGUCGAGAUAAUACGGCUGGAGAGACUGAUGCAAACCGAGGGUAAGACCAGGUCGGAGAGCGCGAGUAUCGAGGUCGAACGAUUGCGCGCCAGCCUUGACAAGGCGAUCGUCGCGCGCGAUCAGGUGGAGCUCGAGGCGGGCAGACUGGCCAAGGAGCUCGAGAAGACGCACAUGCAGACGGCCAAGUAUCAGGAGGCCGCGGAAGCGAACAAGAAGGAGCUAGAACGGCUGGCCACGGAGAUACAGUUGCUCAGGGACGAACGAGAGGCACUCAGGCAGGAGAUGAGACGGCUGCAACAGCAACAGCAACAGCAACAGCAGCAGCAACAGCUCGCCGGCAGCGAGGAGAUUGCGCACUUGCAGCACGAGCUACAGCUCGCUCAACGUGAACGCGAUAAGAUGGCCGCAAUCUUGGAGAACCGAGAGAAGCAUUCGGAAAAAGUGAAGGAGAAGCUCGAGGUGGAGGCGAAGCAGCUGCAGGUGGAACGCGAUCAGCUGGUGAUACAACUGGAGAAGUCGCAGGAAAUGCUGGUCAACUUCCAGCAGGAGUUGAACACGAACGAGGCGGAGCUGGAACGUCAGCGCGAGGAGGUUCGUCGGUUGCAACAGUUGCAGCAACAGAGGGUACACGCGCAGACGCCGGAUAGAGCGGCGAAGGAGGCCCUCGAGGCACAGAUGCGAGAGGUUCAUCGGCUGAGCCAGCAGGUGCAGAAUCUGACGCAGACUCAGACGAAGGAACGGCAGAGGGCCGAGCAGGCCGAGAAACGCGUGCAAGAACUUCAGAAGCAGAUUGCCUCGACGGGCGCGGCUGCCGGUGGCGUGAACGAGGCACAGCUCGAGCAAUGGAGGAAGCUAUGCGAGACGGAGAAACAGCGAGCGGACGCGGCCGAGAGGCAGGCUGCUGAUCUGCAAAAACGUAUCCAGAACACCGAGAGGCAGCUACACGCUCAACAACAGCAGAUCCAGCAGAUGCAGAUCACGAUGCAGCAGCAGCAACAGCAGCUACAACAGCAACAGCAGCAGCAGCAGCAUCCGCAGCAAAACGGCCAGGAGAUCGUCAGGUUGAGAAAGGAGCUCGAGCAAGCGCAAGAGAACGUUAAGCAGGCGGGCGUCGAGCGCGAGCGGUUCCAGGAGCAGCUCGAAAAGCUGUGCCAGGAACUGCAAAAAUAUCAGGUGGACCUGCACGAGGCGAACAAGAAACUCCAAGCUGGCGCAACGAAAGCUGGUAUCGACACUACACAAGAGAGAAGACAACUGGAGGAGCAGAAACGCCAGAUGGAAGAACAGAGAAGGCAGACGGAAGAACGAGCGAAGUCCGUAGAUCAGAAAGCUAGAACGAUAGAGGAGAAGGAGAGGACGCUCCAAAGUCUCGACCAGGAUCUGAAGAAACGGAAAGCGAAAAUGGAUCAGUUGGAGCAGCAGUUACAAAGAAGCGGUGGAUCGCCGGACAAGAGGUUGGCAGAAAUGCAGAAGGCUCUGGAAAACUCCGAGAAGGAAUUGGAAAAAGCGAAAGAAGAGUCGACCAGAAGCUCAGCCGAGACCGAGAGGUUACUGCACCUGAUACAGAUGACUCAAGAAGAGCAGAAUGCCAAGGAGAGACAAAUCAGAGAACUUCAAGAUGCACUCAAAGCCGCACAAGCCAAGUUGAAACAAGCCGCAACUGCACAGCAACAAGAGCCAGAAACCUCCUCCGGAACCGCUCUCGAAAACGCCAGUGAACGCCACGAGUCCAGAAAAAUCGAGCUGGAGAUGAAAGACCGACGGAUAUCGGAACUGGAGCAGACUGCCUGUUCGAAGAAGAUGAAGGACGCGAAGAACCUUAGUCUGGAUGAUAACGAGAGCUGGAAGAGGGAAUUGGAACUGAAGAACCGAAAGAUUGCCGAGCUGGAGGAUCAACUGGUAGCUUGCAAAGAUGGCGCGGAGAACGGUGGCAACGAAUACGCCCAGGGCACGAAGCUGAUGGACGAGCUGAAGAAAGAAAAGGAGUCUUGGAAGAAGGAGAUCGGCGUGAAGAACGAACGCAUAUCGCAGCUGGAGAACGAGAUAGGAUCCCUGACGAGUUCGAUGAGGGAGUCGAAGAGAUGCAAGGGCAACGACAGGCAGGACAACGGUGAGAUUUGGAAAUCGGAGCUCGAAAGGAAGAACAAACGAAUCGUCGAGCUGGAGCAAGAGAUCGAGUCCCUGGAGAAUUUCCUCAGGGAUCACGCGGACACCGAGAGCGUGCGAGAUAUGGAGAUUGUGAUCGAGAGGAAGACCAGUCGAAUAGAAGAGCUGGAGGACACGGUAGCCGAGUUCGAGGACUUUCUGAAGCAGAAUCCGGACGUGAAAGAGUUGCACGAUCUUCGUUGUCAAGUGACCGCUGGAAAUCGACGGAUACAGGAGUUGGAGAGAUGGAUACAAAAGAACGGCGACAGCAAAGAAUCUAGAAUCGACCGGGAAAGAGUUAUCGAACUGGAGGAGAUGGUCACGCAGUUGGAAGACUACGUGAGGAAGCACAACGUGGACGUGCUGAAGAGGAAGUUGCAAGACCGCGAGUGCAGGAUCGAUCAGUUGCAGAGUCGCGUUGGGUAUUUGGAAAAGGAACUACUGAGAGUCGAAGAAAACCAUCGAGGAAAGGAAACGCAAAAAGAUCAUGAAGAAAAAUCGGACGAUUUACCUCGCGCAGGACAUUCAGAGUUGCACGAAAUGGAACAGAAAAUGAAAAAGAUGGAGGUUGCCAUGUCUGAAAAGGACAACAAGAUCCAGGAGUACGAGCAGCAGAUCAUUGAAAAUAAGGAAGAGAUGACGAAACUCAGAAAGGAGACAGAUGCUUUGAGAAAGGAACUCAACGAGUACGACGACAUUGGGGUUUUAAAGGAAGAGAUCAGAGUGAGGGACGAGAGGAUUCAACAACUGGAGGACGAAGUAGACUCCCUCGAAAGAGCCUUCAGCGAAAAGAUCGAUCUGGAGCAAAUCGAGGAACUGGUGAAUGUGAUUAAGGAAAAGGAGGAGAAGGAACGACAAUUCUCGCAGGAUCUGAUAGAGAAAAGGAGCAAGAUCGAGGAACUGAGCGAAGCUCUCCGCGAAAGCGUUGUCAUCACGAGCGACAGCGAAAGAAGAUUGAAGAACGAGGAGAAACUGAAGAAGGAAGCUCUUCAAAAGGUAGCUAAGUUGGAACAAAGAAUCACCUCGAUGCAAACAGCUUCAGCGUUGAAAUGCAUCACUUGUCAACCCCUUCUUUCGAAACUGCAGAAAUACGAGAAGAAACUUCAACGUCUCACCGAAGAGAGAAACGCGCAACUCGAAGAUCUCCGACAAAUGAAGCGGGAAGCUUUGAAAGCUGCGGUCUCCGAGAAAGACGCGCAUCUGGCUCUGCUGGAACUUUCCGGGAUAAAAACUGCCGCUCAGUCCGAGCAAGCGGAUCGAUUGACAGCAGACAGGAAGAGAUUAUUAGAGACACUGAAGAAAGAGGACGAGAAAAGCAUCGAACUGUCGGUGGAAUCCAGUCUGACUUGUUCAGAAGGAACGCCGCAAUUACUCACGAAGGUGUUGGAAACAUCCGACGACGACGACGACGACGAGGAAACACCGAACGAUCGUCGCAGUGACUCGAAUUCCCCGAGACCGGCUACGACGAAUGGCGACAGUUGCACCGACUCAAACGAGACAUCGAAGGAACCGGAAUCGAGAAGCAAACGAGACCAGGCGAGCAAGAGCCAGCAACUGGAUAGCAGAUAAGUAGACCAGGCCACGAUCGUAAUACGUAGAAAACGAAAGUGCUAUCGAUCUUCUUCGUUUCUUCGAUGUUGUCACGUGUACACACACACACACACACAUACACACAAUCACGCAAUCGUAGAAACAAUCUAGAGCAUUUCUAGAGCCUUAGAGAAAAAGCAAAGCAAAGCAAAGAAAGAAAAAAUCGGCAAACAGGCAACCGAGAUACCUCAGCGACAUCGACAGCGACAAUAUAACAGACAGUAUCCUCGUGUCGUUCACCGAUCGUCAUUUACAAUCAUCACGAUAGUCGUCAUUAUCGUCAUCCAUCACUUUCAUCAUCACCACAGUACCAUCACCCACGUCGCCCUUGCUACAAUUCCAAGGAAUCGGUCAAGAAGGAUCGUUGUUCAGUGAAAGGCUGGUAGCUUCGUUUAAUCAAAUUAAAGCGCGGCUACAUUAUGAAAAAUACAAGGGGAGACCGAUCGACAGAAUCGUUUGUUCAAUCGAUCGGAAAAAUCACUGUGAAGGACGCACGUGCUCGUCAUCGUUUUGUCAUUCAUUCGCUGCGAGCAAUGCGCAACUUCGAUCGAAACGCGGGAACUAUAACGCUCUGCGAAAAUCAACAGGAUCUUUUUUUCAGAGGAACAAUUUGCUCGUGAACAAAGAUGAUCGAAACAGGGCGUCAAUGGAAGAUCGAUUACACUUGUUACAAUAGUAUUUAGCUAGCUUUUCAGUAGUGUUGAUUGCGUGUCCUAGAAUCAUCCGGGGAUGCUCUGUUUCCAAUACAAAAAUUACGCGUUUUCCGUUUGCCGAUUAAAAUCGACCUUUUUACGGUUGCGACGUCGAAUUUCAUUCGGGCGUCGAUCUUUUUAUUCGCAAGGAUUUAAAGAAAUGAACACACGACGUAAGGGUAGCAGUUCGUUCUUCGUCCUUUGGAUUCGACUGCAAUUUGAGUAUCAAGGAAAGAAAGAGAGAGUAAAGGAAAAUAGUAUCACCUUUUCGGAAAUAUCUCACACUUUCGAUAUAUUGAUUUGAGAGAAAUUACGUGUCCCUGCCCUUAGAUAAUUAGGAGGAAACGUGAAACUAAUCACUCUGUUGAUCAACUCUGAAAAACAUCGUACUCCCUUCCUUCGUUAAUUCCCUAUCGUUCGCAGAAAAGAGCAAUCAAUUGAAAGAAAGUUCGAGCAUACAAACAGUUUCACUUCUUUCUUACUGUUUUUCCUUUUUUUUUUUUUUUUCUUUCUUAGGAUCUUUUGCCACGGGUCCAAAACUCGCGCUAAAACUCUAACUGAAAGGAAGCGAAAAUAAAGAAAUAGUAACGAACAAACUAGGGAGAAAGGAAAUAGGAAGAAAAGAACAGAAAAUAUAGGUUAGACAGAACGAAAAGAAACGCGAAUACCUGUGAACUGCCAUUGAAAGGUUGGACGUGCGCGAAUAGGCCGUGAGGUUGUUUCGAGGUUCAAUGAAAUACACGAGGACAAGUGGAAGGAACUCGAGCCGCGGUGCUGAUUAGCUUUCAAGAUGACAAUAAAACGAACGUUUCGUGCAUGCUCGAUGAUCUUGCGAUGCAAAAAGAAGAAAAGAGAAAAAAAAAGAAAAAUGCAAAAAACAGAGAAAAAAAAAACGAAUGACAGGAAAAAGAAAGUUCGGACGCGCGAAAAAAACGCACUUUCUCCCUCGAUCUAUCGUUGCAAAAUCUUCAACGCGAAUCGCUGUUUGGUUCCGUAGGAAACGUUGUUCGCGAGAAAGUCAGGCGCGACGAGAUUUUCUUCUAGGUUCGUAGAAUCAAAAGUUGAACAUUCAUCGACUGGGCUGCGUGUGUAUCGUGUGAUAGAUAAUUUAUGGCAUCGUUACCGGAUCGUGUGAUGUACAUAUUAAUCGUGAAUUACGCCGCGAACGCAAUGUAUACAGUUGUAGAGUACUAUUGUAAACGUGUCAUUGGCGUGUUAGCCGAGAGAGCUGCCGAUUACGGUGGAGUAAUCUAGAAAACUGUUAACGCAUGAACGACUUCCAUAUAGUUUCUCAGCCCCAUUCACUUGUCUAUUUUACGUUGACAUUGCCAUUGCAGAUGUUUAUGAAAAUUGUUGGAGAGUCCUUCGUUCGUCGAUCCCCCGAUAGAACGACGAUUUAUCGAAUACUGUUAUGAAAUCUUUACACGUGUAAAUACGUCACGAGUAGAUACGUAUAACUAUAGAUGAGACUUUUAGAGCGUUUAUAGCUGUUUCGUGCGAGGUAUGGUCACGAUUUGUUUCCUCCGGUUCGAAUUAUUCUUCUUCGUACUGUCCCGUCUACAUUCUUUCGAUAUUGUUGCAACUCUUACAAAGUUUAUCGAUCACGGUGUUGAGAUAGAUAAUCAUAAUAACGAUUUAACUCCGUUUCUUUCUUUCUCGAUCCACUUGCAAGCGUGAGGAUCAGCUUGUUCGACAAGAUGAUAUUUUCUUCGGUGGUAGUCUAUAUAAGAGCAAAUUGCACCGGUAUCUAAUCGAGCUUCAACUAGAAAGCCUAACGAUGGGUUGAUUGAGUAGAAUUCAAUCGCGUGGAUUUUAAUUCGGACUCGAUCUUCCAUCGAGAAGUUGUUGAGAUGAAAACUAUAGCUAUUAUACCAUUUAUCACUCUGUGCUACUAGUUCCAAAGGUAAUCGUCGAUCGCAAGCCAAAUGUACAAUUCAUUCGUGCGAAAUCAUCGAGCGUUUUCUUCGUGCGUCAUCGAAAUCCAAGAUAUAUAGGGGUUACGACGAUCGUCCUAGAGGAAGGAAGGUAUAUAUACACUGGUAUAUAAUCGCUGUUUUCCAAACAAAGUCGAGCCCUUCGUGAACUCAGAUAAUCAAUGGUCGAUGGUCAGCGACGAUUGUCAUAAGCUCGACGAUCGACGAGUGAACGAUGGACUCAAAUUUGUUGGAUGCAAAUGUAUGUCGUCCGUGUUUGUAACGCGUUAUGAUAAUCGUCGCAACACUCGCAGGACUCGUUCUCGAGAGAGUAUUUCACCUCAGCGUGCACAGCGCGAACAUAAAAAUUUCGGACGGCUUAUCCGACAGAGCACGGAACAGGAGAGUUAACGAAACCUUUUAGGAGGCACUAAAGAUAGAACAGAGACGAGCCGUUUAUGUACAUAAUCGUGUGUCGAUGUUUCUUCGAUAGCCCUGCUCGUGGUGAUAAGGAGAGAAAAAGCGUGCCCACUUAUGGUCUCCGCUGGUUCUGCGUACCUAUUCCCAAGCGUACAGCUAGUAUAGAGUAAUACCUGUAUUACGUGUUAUACGUACGUAGUUAUAUCUCGCUGAACGAAUUUCGUCGAGCAUUCAGCACAGUCUAAUCUGCGAACGCUAGUGUCAGAUUUGCAUGAUUACCGAUUGUUCGUAACGGGGCCGCGAUUUCACGCGGGAAAUUCGAAGGGACACGCGACCAGCAAAGGAAGCGAGAGCACGACCAACGAAAAUCGUGUAGAAUCACGUUGGAAGAUGCCGUUGGCCGAGCGAUAGAGACGACGAACGAUCGAAGCAAACGUUUCGCUGCGAACGUGCAAUUCUUUCUUCGUGUCGCGAAUAUCCCGGGCAAUCGUGUUGCGAAUUAAACGAAAAAGAAAAGAAAAGAAUUCUUGCGAGCUAUCAACGUGGACGAAGUUCGCCGUUUCGAGCUUCGAAGGGAAAGGAAAUCUCGCGGAGGAUUCAAAAUACGAACGACGCGUUUUUCGUCCAGCGUCCGCUCGUUGUAUACAUAUUAUACAUAUAUAUAUACAUAUGCAUGUGUGUGUGUGUAUAUAUAUAUAAAUGAAGCAUACAUAUAUCGUCGUGUCUGCCGUACGAAGAGUUAAGCGACAUGUUGAAAGUGUAAAAUUUUAUCGUUAAUAUUUUACAAAAAGGGGAAGAAAAAAGGAGAAGAAGAAGAAGAAGAAGAAGAAGAAGAAGAAGAUGUUCUCUUUGAUUCGUCGAUAAAACGCACUUUCUCGUUGCUAGUACACGACACAUCUUUUUCUCCAUUCGAUCUCUGACGCGAACCUUUCGAAUAAUAAGAUUUAGAAAACCCUCCUUUCUCCGAAAAACUUUAACGCUCGCGCGAAUUCUACCGACCUAGAAGCUAGAUCACGGAGCGGAAUCGAAGGGCAUCGGAUCCCGUAGGCAGGGCAGAAAAUCGUCGAGAACGACAUUACAAGCGUGAGUGAAACGCGCAGCAAUACCUCAUCGAACGGCUUCUCUGCCCUGUGCAAUCGAAAGAAACGGCGUCGGAAUUUUGAUCACUGGCAAGCAUUUAGUCAGAGGAAUAAGUCCUUCUUUCGUCCGUCUCGACUCGACCGUCAUCAACUAGGAUAAAAAUAGCGAUACGGAGACCUCUCUUACAAUUAGUUCGUUUCCUGUGCGGCCGUUGAAAUCACCGGCCCUCAAACAUCGACGGAAUCGUCGUUUCUCGAAUUCUUUCAAAAGUAUGUUCAAAAGUACAGGCCGAUGUGGAACAGUUCAACGAAGAAGAUGCAAAGUAAGCGUAUAGAAUUUCUUGAGGCGAGAGAAAAGAAAAAGAAAAGAACAAAAAAACAGUUGUCAAGAACGAAGACUCUCUUUCUGGUAAAUCUCUUUUAGACGUUUCAUGGAAAGUCCAGACAAUCCAACGACGACGAGGCUGACCAAACGAACCGAUAACGAUAAUCAAAGGUACCUUCGUUCUUACCUGAUAUUCUUCGUUUCCGUGAAUAUCCUAAUUUUUCUAAGCACAAAGUAUUCUUGCUCGAAAGUUUUACAUAGGCGUAGUGCGAAAUAUCGUUUCAGAGAGUUUUCGUUCUCUCCGCCUAAUCAAUGUUCUAAGAAUUAUCGAGUCGAGAGAAGGAUAGGAAGGAAAAUAAUGAAAGACAAAAUAAAAGAGAGAAGAAGAGGGAUAAAGAUUAGUAAACGUGUGCCACCGUCAUAUCAAGCCUAUAUCAUCGUGUUACAUUAUACAUAUAUAUACAUAUAUAUAUACAUACAUAUAUAUACAUAUAUAUAUACAUAUAUAUAUAUACAUAUAUAUAUAUAUAGCUAAACAGAAAGAAAUUAAUAUUAUCGUUAAUUGACACAAUUGUUAACGGAGUGGCUGAAUUUAGUGUGCGUGCGUGUAUGUAUGCGUAAUUGGUGAAUAAACAAAAAAAGUCUUUUCUUUCGAUCGCUCGAGAAAAUUGAGAAGGCCUGAGAGCAAGUUUUCGAAUCUUAAAGAUCUUCUUACUGGCACUCUUUAUUGUCCGAAAUAUUCAACUAUAUCACUUCAAUCACUUUGACAUUUAUCAUCGUAUCGUCUUUAUUAGAGACUUUAACAAAAAAAAAAAAAAAAAAGGUUAUAACCGUAGAAUGUAAUCUCGCUUUAAUAAUUGAUUAAUUAUCUUCAAUUUUAAGACUGUUUAACGAAUAAAUGAACAGGCGAAUGUGACGAGAAACUUCGAUAUUACAACGUUCUACUUAAAAAAGAAGAAAAAAAAGAAAAAAAAAUAGUCUGUCCUCCAAGAUGCAAUAGUUAAACGAAAGACAUAUAGAAAGAACGACUGACUAAUACGACGGGCAGAACCUUCCGGUCAGUACGUCGAUAAUAAUCUUGCUGUUUCAGAAAACACUAUUAAAAUCUUUUUGAACCGAAUAUAUAACGGAAUAAGCUUCAAGUAGGAAGAUUAGGAAGAGCCAGUUUCGUUCCUUUCUUCUGUCUUCGAGCUUGAGAGAAAAAUCACUGACAAAAUGAAACGAACCCUCCAUUUGGAAACAAUUGUUGGAACAAAUUGAAAAAUCCCCUUUAGAUCGUAUUCCCUAGAAACAUACAGUAACACUACUCUUGAGCAAAAGAUGGCCAAACUUCGAAAUCGUACAACUUGGAUAAACUCGUUAGGCGAUACGAAUCUUUAGAGCUAACAAUUGUCUACGUUCGAUCUGUGUUUCUAAAAGUAGGGAAUAGAAGUUUAAGCGUUUCUUGAAACCGAACUUGAGGGAUCGAUCGAUCGCCCAGCGAGGAAUUGCUAGACGACAAGAGCCGGAGCGAGCAGGCUUGCUCAGCCCUGCAGCUUGAAUCGUUCGUGCCGCACUCGAGUGAUCCUAAGCUGAGACUGUUCCGUGGAACACGAGCGAGAAUGCGAAACGAGGUGAGCGAGCAUCGUGAGAGAACGUGAACGAGGCCGUCUCGAUAUUAUUUUUCGACUCGACUGUUUAGUAUCUAUGAUGAAAAAAAAGAGAAAAAAAAAACGUUUUUACGUGAAUAUUGCGUAAGGAAAGUCGUUGCAGCGUGAACGGACCUUGCGUCGGAAUCAUGGCCACAUUUGUGUUCAAAUUUAAAUGUCGGCUCCGGAGUCGAUUUCGAUCGAUCUUCUUGUCGGUGAGUCGCCCAAUUGGCAAAGUAAUUCAGUAUCGGAAGAAUAAAACGCGCUGGCCACGAAUCUCACGUGCGAAACAACGCUGCGACGACGUCGCUCCUCCCGCCCCCUUUUUUUAUUCUCCAAUUUCUACGUGUUUUAUCGUUAAGCAAAAAACAGCUGACACAAGGAACAGAAAGAGUGCAACGAGUGAGACGAGAGAGAAAGGCGAGAGAGAGAGAGAGAGAGAGAGAGAGAGAGAAAUGAGAAAUGAGGGAAAUACGACGAUGAAGCGAAAGAAAAACGAUGAAUAGAAUAUCGAGUAUCGUACGCCGUGUUCGAGUUCGUUAAUUGAAACACGCAAUACGAUUUUCGACCGUGUGUACAUACCUAAGAGAAUGAUAAUAAUGCGUGAGUGUGAAAUAGAGAGAGAGAGAGAGAGAGAGAGAGAGAGAGAAGAGUGAACGUUUUGCGAGGCAGUAACAAAAUAAAAAAAAGAAAAGGUUAGGAGAAACACUGGUGCGAACGAAACGAGUCGUGUUUAAGCCUAGUCUAUACGACGAUCGACAAUGAUCGAGAAACCCUUUCGGAAGUGCCGUUUCUUUCCGCGUUUGUUUCUCCGAAGCACGUGGACAGAAGUCCUCGAUCGAGACACGCAUCGCCGUGGGAUAGGAGAAAAAAAACGACUAGGCUAGAGUAAGUUUAUCGACUAAGCUAAGAUAAGUUAUUUAAAAAACAAAAAGAAGAAAAAAAAUAAACCGUUUAUUGAAGUACAUUGUUGCAACUGCCAUGCUGUGUGCCAUUAUAUAACGAGUCACGUUUGUCGUAAAAAGCAAAAACAAAAAAAAAAAAGAAAAAGAAAAAAAAACAGUGUAAUAUGUGAAAUGAAAUAUCUCUUGUGCGCGUUUUCCCAUCUGUCUGAACUUCUUCGUUACACCGCUUCGAAAUGGUAUCAGGGCCCGUAGUCUUCGUUCUGCGUACAGGACACGCCGUUUCCGCGCUUUUUAAAACGCUACGAACACACUGAAUAACGUAAAGCGACCAAAAAAAAAAAAAAAAAGAAAUACAGGAGAAAAUCCUGUAUAUACACUCACGCCUCAAACGCAAUUUAAACAAUUUGCAAUUAGUAUAUCCCGUAGGAAUGAAGAUUCGAUGAAUUUCUUGAACAGUGUGAGAAAAGGAACACUUUUGCAUAAGCUAAUUUCGAAGGAGCCGCGUAUACCUGCCCAUGCGAACCGAAAGACCGAAGCACCAUAUAAAAAUAUGACAAUUGUACAUGUAAUGUAUACAUAUGUAUGUUACCGCGAGUGGGCACGUAUACGAUGUUUCCAUCGAACCUCCCGAGUCUCUGUCGCAGACGAAGAAGAUUUUUUCAAUUAAAAAAUAAUAUAUAUAUAUAUAAAAAGAAAGGAAAGAGGAACUAACGGGCAAACAGCGUACGAAUUUGCGAGGAUUCGUAACGUAAAGAACGAAAGAAAAAAAAAGACAUUUUUUUUAAUGUAUCCGCCGUCGAUGUACAAUUAAUCGCAUGCGCGUUUAAUCGAUGUAACGCAUUCGCAACGUGAGAUAAAUACCGCGACACUCGAUUAGAUCGAGAUUAACUCGACUAACGUUCCGAGCAGUGUCACGCAUAAAAACAAAACGCAAACAUAGCACAUCGUGGGAAACUCGACUAAGGAAACCUUUUUGCGAUUGUUGCAGCGUUCAUUUUUUCAAUGAUUCUUGCGUUAUUUAGGGGAAGCGACGUGUAACUGGUAACUACGCACGUGCUACAUGCAUCUGAUAAAAAAAUUUUUUAACAUUGCCGUUUUGGUAUCUCAACAACCGGACGAUCUCGUCGACAUAUCGAUUGCGAAGAAAUGUGUACAUAUUUAUUAAUUUUCUCUCUUUCUUUAUUUUUCCACCUAAACGGUGUGGUUGCCAGUUAAUGAUGGUCGUUUACAAAACUAUAUAUAUAUAUAUAUGUAACAAUAUUGCUAUCUACGUUUUACGUGUGCGUAUCACUUGUAAAAAUGAUUAACAGGAGAGAACUACGCGUCACAUACACAACGUAAGACUAAUGUGUUCAUCGAUCACGUUCUAGACAUUGAUGUAUUGCGUGAAAACAGAUAAAAGAUUAAAACAAAACAAAACAAAAAAAAAAAUGCGAAGAGAAAAAAGAAAAUUGAGAAUCGAAAGAACAGAUCAGAAUAUAGAGAAGAAGUCAUUAAUUUCUUAGAGACCCACGCAAGAACGAAUUCCUACAUUUGCGAAACUCGAUUUCGUGUGUCGCGACGUCUUAAAGAAAUAGCGAGUAUUAUCCAAUUUGUCAGUUGGCAGACGACGGUGUGAGGAAUGAACGAAACAGAGAGAAAGAGAGAGAAAGUGAGAGAGAGUGAACGAGAGAGGAAGAAAGAGAAGAGAGAGAGAGAGAGAGAGAGAGAGAAGUGAUUAAGUAAACCAAAGAUGACGUCGACCCAUCAUAGAUUCAAGCACAAUAAGGAACUAGUAGGGCCAGGCACAAUAAAAUUCGGCCGUCACGUUGUAGGCAGCGAUCUGUUAGAACGACAAGUCAUAUUAAGUAUCUAUAUAGCGAGACUAUUAAAUAAACACAUAUUGUCUAUUGUCA